ACAAGUCCCAGGCAUUUGAAAGUGCGCGGCGCCGAGAACUGGCACGCGAGCGAACGUUUUUUUCCCCAAGUUUGUUCCCGACGAAGCCGCUUUCAGUCGCUGGAUAUCGAGUUUUCCUUGGUCCGAGUUCGUCGAUAAAAUCCCCGAGAAAUUUCGGUGUUUGGGAAGGAAUAAAAAGUCGGGCUCGAACAGCCUUAAAGAUCCGGAAAAUGCCUUUUGAAAACAAAUCACUUGUCAACGGCCAUGGAUCCCUCAAACGGCCCAACGAAAAUGAGUUUCUUCACACCGCGGUCAAACACACGAGCACCUCAACAUACACGUUCGAGGCGCUCCAGGAAUCGGCGCAGUAUCUCCUCGAUCGUGUCACCAUAAGGCCAAAGAUCGGUAUUAUUUGCGGUUCUGGAAUGGGACAAUCUGAGCAUAGUGAGUUGUGUCCAGGUUCACUGGCAGACACGUUGACGGAUCCGAUAGUAUUUCCAUACGAGGAGAUACCACAUUUUCCAAGCUCCACGGUCAAAGGGCACGUGGGACAAUUGGUUUUUGGUUUCCUAGAAGACGUCCCGGUGAUGUGUAUGCAGGGCAGGUUCCACUAUUACGAGGGAUACCCACUGUGGAAAUGUGCGAUGCCUGUGAGGGUGAUGAAGCUCGUCGGUGUAAGUCAUCUGAUCGCUACCAACGCUGCAGGCGGUUUGAAUCCGAAAUACAAGGUCGGUGACAUCAUGAUGGUGAAGGAUCACCUUAACAUGAUGGGAUUUGCUGGCAACAAUCCACUUCAGGGACCAAACGAUGACAGAUUCGGACCGAGAUUCCCACCUAUGAACGCCGCCUACAACGCUCACCUUCUCGACGUUGGCACGGAAAUAGCCAAAGAAAUGGGUAUCGAUGACAUCAUCCAUCGAGGGGUUUACACCUGUCUCGGAGGCCCGAAUUUCGAGACUGUGGCAGAGCUUCGGAUGCUGAGUAUGGUGGGAGUCGAUGCCGUAGGAAUGUCAACCGUCCACGAAGUGAUAACGGCCCGACACUGCGAAAUGACGGUGUUCACAUUCAGUUUAAUAACGAAUCACUGUUCGACCGAUUACGAGAACGACAAUGCAGCGAAUCACGAGGAAGUGAUAGACGUGGGAAGGAGCAGGCAGCCCUUGAUCCAGGAUUUCGUGUCGCGCAUGGUACUGCGAAUCAACGAGGAGAUAAAUAAUUAUAAAAAAUGAAUAAAUAAAGUAGCCAGAAUUGUAAAAAUUGUCUACGCAUAGAAAAAAAUGGAGAAUAUUUUUAUCGUGGAGAAAUAGUUUGAGGGAAGGAUGCCGGAGGGGCGGAGCUCCCCGAGAGUUUUAUCGAGGCCAAGAGAGUCCUCGAGAUCGUGAAAUUCUUCGAAAAAACACGUUUUCCACCUAGAAAGAUCCACUUUUGAAAUCUUCAACUUGGAGAUUCGUAGAAGGAGGAUAAGAAAAAGGGAAUAAUGGAAACGAGAAGAAAACAUGAAAAGAGCGACGCGGCGAUGAUUGUCACAAGCAUUAUCGUCGUCAGAGAAGUUCGCAUAAUGAGGCACCAGGAAACAGGGAUGGAGAGGGGAAAGGCGAAAAAAACUAGAAGGAUUAAAGAAAACGCGUGAGCAGGAAUGAGUCGAGGCAAAUCGUUACAGCCAGGAUUUUCUAGUAAUCUAUUCGUAAUGCAACGAGAAUCGUCGAUGAACGAGGAAAAAAAUGUGUUUCAAUAAACUUUUAUUGUCAAGGA